ACUUGUGUAACAUGACGUCUCGAUCAGAGUUGUUUUCUGUUUUAAUGUCACAUUUUGGAGCAGGUUUUUCACUCCAGAUGCAUGUGUGAUGCUAACUCUCCUGCAGGGGUCCCCCUCCUCCUUGUCCAUGGUGGGCUUUAAAUGGAAGCAAUGCGGGUCCCCCACCCUUUUAUACGUAUACUGACAAGUAAUCAAUCAAACAAAACAAUAGUAUCAUUUGUCAUUUGUGACUCCUGUGAAAGGUUAUUUAAUAAUUCCCCUGACAGUACGCCACAGUGUUUUUUCAGAUGAGCAAAUAAGUCUAGGUUAAAGGGUACUUUAUAUUCCAUUGUAUACUGUUGUAAAUCCUCACUGUACUGCGCAUGGUGGUAUGUUUUGUUACCUUGCCGUCACCAAAAUGAGAUUUCCACCUCAUUUACCCAGAGGAUCAGUGGUGGGACUGAAUAGGGGAAGUGUUUAGAUUUUAUUUAAAUCGAAAGUCAAAAGGGAGUCUUGCGUAUUCAACUCACAAAAUGAGGUCAGCUUUAGUUGAGCCAUACACAUGCACAAAAAUGCUGUACUGCGCCAUAUUAAUUAUCAUGCUCAACAGCACACUUUUGAAUACUCUACAAAAGAAAGUAAAAGUCCAUAGCCACUUAGAAGACUUAACCAAUGACGUGUACAACCCAAAUUAUGGCUAUGUAAUCAUAUUUGAUCUGAAAAUCACGUAAUUAUAAAUGAAGAAUUAAAUACAGAAAUGGCAUCGCAUCACAUUUGGCAGAGUAUUGCUGUACUCUUCAUCUUUUCCAUGACUUUCUCCCAGUGUGUCUUUUGAUCUCAGCAUGCGUCUUGUCUGCUCUCCUUCCCUAUUAGAAGAUUCAGAGAGCUUGCAAGCAUUCGCCAUUAGCCUCAAAUAUAACAAAGAACAGCAGAAUCGUGUGUAGGAUGAAGUUAUUCAGCACAAGAUUAUUUUUAGGAGACUCCAUGCUGUGCCCCCUUUCCUGGCAACUUUUUUCCGAAAAUAUAUAUUAUUAUUCAUACCAAAACUUGGAAGAAUCCUGUAUCCCAUCGUUACUCCCCAGAUUUCAGUUAGCGGACACCGAGGAGCUUUGGGGCCACAGCUGAGAGAAUAUGAUUGCUGUCUCAGCAGGAAGAAGGCGGAUUAGGUCACUACAAAUAGGACCGUUCCCAGUCUUGACCCAGUGAGUGCGUUUGAAGCUCUUGCAGCUAUGGAGAGGAUUUCUGAGAACAACUUGGAAGUGGCUGCGUUUUUAGCGGCAAAUCAAAGGCGGCCCCGCUUGAAGUGCUGACAGCAAAGAAACAGAAGAGAGCUUUGGUGUAAUUCACACUAUUCUCACACAGGCAGUUCAUUAGUGAUAUUCCGAAAUGUCAGUGGCAGAUUUAAAGCUAAACACUUCUUUUCCCGUUGCUGUUCAUCCUAUUUUGGGACUUGAAUCGAAUUUGCAGUUGCGUCCAUGUGAAAUAAAGGCUGCCCUUUAUUGCCCCUGAGCUUCCAAUUGUGGAGAGGAGAAACUGGCUCAUCCACCAGCACUAUAUACAUAAAGAGUAUGAAACCUGCAAGGCAAUCAUUAAGGAGCAGUUGCAGGAGACGAAUGGAAUGUGCGAAUAUGCCAUAUAUGUGCAAGCACUAAUCUUGCGUCUCGAGGGCAAGAUCCAACAAUCCCUGGAGCUGUUUCAGAGCUGUGCCAUCCUUAAUCCCAGCAGCAGUGACAAUCUGAAGCAAGUAGCCAGAUCUCUGUUUUUACUGGGAAAGCACAAAGCAGCGAUGGAAUUCUAUCGUGAAGCUGCAAGGCUCAACGAGAAAGACUGGGAGAUCAGUCACAAUCUGGGAGUGUGCUAUUUCUUCAUCAAAGACUUCAAACACGCGGAGGAGCAACUCAAUGUGGCUCUCCAGUUAAACAAACAUGACACGACUUUCAUGACACUCGGGAAAGUCCACUUGCUGGCCGGCGAAACUGACAAAGCCAUUGAUGUGUACAAGAGAGCAGUGGAAUUCUCUCCAGAGAAUACGGAACUGCUGACAACUCUCGGUCUGCUCUUUCUCUCACUUGGUAAAUAUCAAAAAGCUUUUGAGCACCUUGGAAAUGCCCUCACAUUCGACCCCAACAAUUAUAAGGCCAUCCUGGCUGCAGGCAGCAUGAUGCAGACCCAUGGGGACUUUGAUGUGGCCAUGAACAAGUAUCGGGUCGCAGCAUGCGCUGUGCCCGAAAGCCCCCCUCUCUGGAACAACAUCGGCAUGUGCUUCUUUGGCAAAAAGAAAUACGUUGCUUCCAUCAGUUGCCUGAAGCGAGCUCACUACCUGUCUCCUUUUGACUGGAAAGUGUUGUACAACCUGGGCCUGGUCCACCUGACCAUGCAGCAGUACGCUUCUGCUUUCCACUUCCUCAGCGCCGCCAUCAACCUCAGCCCGCGACUGGGCGAGCUCUACAUGCUGCUGGCAGUGGCUUUGACCAACUUGGAAGAUGUGGAAAAUGCCACCAGAGCGUAUGAGCAAGCUGUGAAUCUGGACCAAUCAAACCCUCUGGUCAACCUGAAUUUUGCAAUCUUCCUCUACAAUCUCGCCGACAAGAAGGGAGCGCUGAAUCAGUACCAGGAAAUGGAGAGAAAAGUCAACAUGCUGAGAGACGGCAGUAGCAGCGUCGACUUUGACCCAGAGCUCAUAGAAAUGGCUCAGAAGAUGGGAGCAGCCCUUCAGGUGCCGGAGAGCCUCGUGUGGACCAAACCGUCCAAGAGCUCCAAGUCCAAACUGAGUUCAGGAGCAGCCACCCCGAGCCCGGGUGCUCCUCUUGGUUCUAACCAAACUCUGGGUCAGGCCAUGUCUUCUGCUGCCAGCUACAACAAGAAUAUCCAGCAACCAAAAAGGCCCUCCACAUCACUUGACCCUGACCCAGACGUGGACAGUGUUCCCAGCCCGCCUUCUGAUCCUCCGGGCUCCCCAGAACUUGCCCAAUCAGAGGACUCCCGACCCAAAACCUCCAAGAGAAAAUCAAAGACUGAGGAAUGAAUUUGUAUGGAGGAAUUGCCACCACUUCCUCGCAAUUCACUCUAUUGUUGAGAACAUUUAGCAGAUUUAGCAUUUGAAUUCUCUGAAUCACGACGUGUAGUGGCCAUAGUGUUAAGUAUUGCACUUAACACUGAAUUAGCCAGUUUUUUUCCUGCACUCUCACUUGGUGGUCAUAAAAUGGUCCAAAUAGAAGUCAUUGUUUGCCGUAGUUUAUAUUUUAAAAAAAGUAUACUUGGAGUAUUUGUUGGAGUCGGAACGCAUGCUGCUAAGAUAAAUUGUCAAGCGCUGCAACAAUCAUUGUACUAUACAAAGAUGCUUGCAAGAUUUUAAUAAUUUGAUAAACACAAAUGUUUUCAUUGGGUGUAAAUAGCCAUUUUUAUAGUUCAAAUGUCAAUGCAAAUUAUGUAGAGUAAUGCAUUCCAUGUUCAAUUUUAGAGUGGUGGACUGGUUUCUGACAUUCGUUCAGCAGCUGGAGACGAUUUUGCAAUCAAUAAAGUUGAAAAUUGAA